AUGGGUGAUACGGAGGCUGUCUCAGACCCCACCACGCACCCCGCGGCAGCCGUUGGGGGUGGUGUUGAUGUUGCGCCUGGUGAUGUUGCUCGCAAACCUGCGGUGUUGAUUAUUGGAGGAUUAGGAUACAUUGGACGGUUUCUAGCACUUCACAUACAUACCAACCGACUUGCAUCCACUCUCCGGCUAGUCGACAAGCAACUACCACAACUAGCAUCCCUCGCACCCGAAUUCCAAGAAGCAUGUUCGAACGAUAACUUCCUCCAGGCCGAUGCGUCUCGCGAACAAUCCCAAGCACGAAUAUUCGACCUCCCACCAAAACCAGACGGCACGAAACAGGAAUUCGACUAUGUCUUCAACUGCGGCGGCGAGACACGCUUCUCACAGGAAGAUGAGGUAUACAAACUUCGAAGUUACCAAUUGAGCUUGACGACCGGCCAGGAAGCUGCGAAGCGAGGAGUCAAAGCCUUCAUCGAGGUCAGCACAGGACAAGUCUACAACCCCAACAGCAAACCGCAGAAAGAGAACGACAAGACGAGUAAACCGCACACCAAACAAGCAAAAUGGAAGCUAGCGGCGGAAGAAGAAUUGGCGAAGAUACCAGGACUCAGACUCUGCGUGUUGCGGAUGCCGCACGUCUACGGCCCAUACGCCGGCCGAUGGCUAGGGACCCAACUCGCCUUAGCACGAGUCUACCAAAGUCGCGAGCCAAAAGAGACGAUGAAAUGGCUCUGGGGCAGCGAUCUCCGCACCAACACCCUGCAUGUCGAAGACGCCGCCCGCGCAAUGUGGCUAGCAGCCACCUGGCGCCGCCAAAACGACCGCCUCCCCAACACCCCCGCCUCGGAACGCAUCGUCUUCAACGUCGUCGACAAAGGCGCUACGACACAGGGCCAGAUGGCGCAGAUCAUCAAGGCGAUUUUCGGGAUCGAGACCGGGUUUCAGAAUGCGUUGGUGAAUACUUUUGCUCGGCUGAAUUUGGAGCAUGUGGUUGAUGAUGUUAAUGAUGAUACCCUGGACGAUUGGGCGGAUUUGCAGGAGGCGGCGGGGAUUAAGGAGAAUGGGGGGCCGUUGAGUCCAUUUAUGGAGAAGGAGUUGUUAAGGGAUGCGGAUUUGAGCGUGGAUGGGUCGAGGUUUGAGGUGGUGGUGGGAUUUAGUGCUUUGCGUGCGGGUGCGAGGCGGGACGCAUGGUUUUGGGGCUCGAUUGCUAAUUUGGUCGCAGACCGAAGCAUGAACGUAUCACACGACAGGAAGUUGAGGGGGUGA